AUGGCCGAUGCUCCACGCCCCACAUCUGCACCUGCGCCGGUACCAGCACCUUCAUCGCGCACGCCUGCCAAAAAGUUGCACAGGCAAAGCUUCUACGGCGAUCCCUACCACGGUCCUAACAGCGCCCCUCCCAACGGUCUCAAACGCGCUCCCAAACCAAACAGCAAUCGCCUUCAGCAAGUCACUCAGAAGGCUGUUGAUAAGAAUGGUUUGGAGAAGAUGAUGCGCAGUGAGCUCCGGGGUGCUACAUGGGAAAUGAAACCCAUACAUCUUGCCCGUGCCCUCUCCAGGAAGUCUCGCAAGGAUAGUGCUCCUCUGCUCAGCAAGAACCUACCAGACUCCAUAAACCACUAUGACGUUCACCUCCAUGUUGACGAUGACAAGCUGGAAAAGGCCGUUGAGACGCUUCAGACGCUUCAGACUGGCGUACAUUUCCCCCUCCCCUCCGCCUCAGAAACUUUGCACUACCUUUCCUUCGCUAAGUGGUUGCGGUGUUGCCUCGAGGUCGCCCUCAAACUCACAGACGAGAUAGACAACCGUUUCUACAGCAUGCUGUCCUUCAUACCGUACAAUAAAGAACUCAGCGAUGGCAUAGGUGACGUCUCCAAAAUCAGUCCUGACUUAGCCGGGUAUAUUCGAGAAAAGGCUGAAGAGGUUCCUCCCGAGAAGUUUUCAUGGAUUCCUUCCGAUGAAGCCCAAGAUGGCAAGAAACUCCGCGAGCUUCUCAUUCCCGUUGAGGUCAAAAGCAAGUCUUGGCCAAGAAUAGUCCUUCAGGCCGCGACAUAUUCGCGCGGGCUUUUCUAUGCAGUCCCCUUGCGACAAUACUCGCUGGUUCUAGGUUAUCAUCACGUCCACAAGGAGCUCCGUUUCCUGGUUUAUCACUCCGGCGGCCUUACAGCGUCUACGGCCCUCAAGAUAGACGACAGAAACGAUCGCAAGGAGAUCCUCCGCCUUUUCUGUGCUAUCCUUACCUGGCAAACACGAGGCGAUGCAGGACUGCCCGAAUGGUGCGAUCAUAGCGCUUGUUGUCUCCCUCGUGAGGCCGGCGGACAUGUGGCCAAGCUCAGGAUCAAGGAAGUUCUUCAAAGAACGUUGGCUGUACGGGGCAGAUGUCCCGAAAUUUGGCGCCUAUGGUUUGAUGCGGGUGAUGGGGACUCCGAAUCUGACGCUUCGGCGGCAACGAUUCCAGUUACGAUGACACAAGGCAUCUCAGCUAGCAAAAAACGCCAUUUGGAUGAAGCUGUUGCUUCGGAGAAUAAACGUACAAAAUUGGAUGGCGGUCUCCCUUGUACAGAUGACGGUUCCCGUACAAAUGACGCUCCUUUCACCCAACCGUCCGAUACUAGCAAUACUAAUGCCAGUGGUGGUGGAACUGGAGAUAAUCAUGGUAAUAUGAUUGCCCACCUAACAGCCACCCCUCUACGGCAGAGCGAGAUUCGCUCCAUACGACAGCGCGUCGAUUAUCUUUCAAAAGACAAAGAUAUCUUCGCGAACAAAAAGCUCGAUCUUGUGAGCAAGUGCUCCUGGGUGUCCUCGCGGUAUUUCGACGCAGAGAAAGAUUUAUUUGGGGCAUGCGGAGAUGAGUUUGGCGUCGCCAAGCAUUACUACUCAUCUAUAGUUCACCACCAGGAAGAUCUUCCCGCGACCAACCAUCUCUUCCUAGAGUUUGCUACGCGCUGGGAGUUAUUCAACUUGACGAGCGAUGAGAAGAAGACUUCAAAAGAACGCCGAGUGCUCCUGCAACACGUUUCCAAUUUUGCCGGCGUUUCUCUCGUUACGGCUGAGUCACCUGAAGAGCUCUUCACGGCCAUCGCUCACGCAAUGUUGGGGUAUUGGAACAUGUUGCGCAAGGGCUUUCAGCACCGUGAUAUCAGCAUUGGCAAUGUGCUUCUGAGCAAGGCCGCUCAGAGGAAGGAAUCCGUUCUGCAGAAGGUACUCGACUUGCUCUCGCCUCAGCGGCGGGGCGAGAUAGGCGAACGCGCAGAGACUCUCAAGAAGAUCAAAGAACUCCUGGAAGCGCUUGAGAUCGACGACAAGUGCAAAGGUUUUGUCAUCGACGGGGACCUAUCCAUUAACCUCAGCGGUUACAACUUUAAAGAGGAUGGGACGGCAUCGCGCUCAGGCACCGCUGAAUUCAUGUCGACUGGCCUGAUCAGGGCUGCCGAGAAGGGGAACUCUUAUCUCCAUUCUCCGAUCGAUGAUUCAUGGUCAUUUUUCUUUGUUGCGGUCUGGGCGGCGGUAUGGCACAGGUUUGAGGGACCAAUACCACCAGACCUCGCAUCGUUGCGCACAAACAUUGCGGGCGGCCCCAACGACAGAGACGCCGUCGUUUCCGAUCCUAUCACCGCACUCUACAAAAUGAAAGUCGAAGCCUAUGGGUCUUUCCUCCCUUCUUGCCAACAGUUCCUCAUUGAGUGGCGAACGAGACUGCGUCAUCUAGAUGCAAACUGGAGAGAGUAUCUAGACGCGAACGGCCACGACCACGACGCCCUCAAAAAGCAGUUUCUUGUGCAUUAUGAGCGUGGGCUCGUAGAUUACCUAGAGCUUCUGCAGAAGUAUUUCCCUCCCAGGAAGGUUCAGCCUUAGUGUAGAGAUUGAUGUUGUCGUGAACAUUCAUUCGCCAUGAUAUUAAAACACUAUCAAAUUCUCUUAUGGUCUGUUCUGUGACCAAC